CGAAAACUUCAGUCUUUCUUUCAAAACACAUUUAAUCAUGUCGAUCGACGACAAGACUAUGGCUCAGGCUAAGGCCUUCCUUUUCGACCUCGCUGCUGGCGGUGUUGCCGGUGGUAUCUCCAAGACCGUCGUCGCCCCGAUCGAGCGUGUCAAGCUCCUCCUCCAGGUCCAGGAUGCUUCCACCCAGAUCGCUGCCGACAAGAAGUACAAGGGCAUGGUCGACGCCUUCGUCCGCAUUCCCCGCGAGCAGGGCUUCGCCUCCCUCUGGCGCGGCAACGCUGCCAACAUCAUCCGCUACUUCCCUACCCAGGCUCUUAACUUUGCCUUCAAGGACAAGUACAAGCAAAUCUUUGUGCGCCACAACCCCAAGACUGACUUCUGGAAGUUCUUCGUCGGCAACCUCGCCUCUGGCGGUGCUGCUGGUGCCACCUCCCUCCUCUUCGUCUACCCCCUCGACUUUGCCCGUACCCGUCUUGCUGCUGACGUCGGCACCGGCGGCGCUCGUCAGUUCACUGGCCUCGGCAACUGCAUCUCCACCAUUUACAAGCAGGACGGCCUCAAGGGUCUGUACCGUGGCUUCGGUGUCUCCGUCGGAGGCAUCAUCGUUUACCGCGCUGCCUUCUUCGGCGGCUUCGACACUGCCAAGACCGUUCUCCUCAAGGAUCCCAAGAAGGCCCCCAUCUGGCAAACCUGGCUCAUCGCCCAGGGUGUCACCACUGUUGCCGGCGUUGUCUCGUACCCCUUCGACACUGUCCGUCGCCGCAUGAUGAUGCAAGCUGGCCGCAAGGACAUUCUGUACACCUCGACUUUCGACUGCUGGAAGAAGAUUGCCACCAAGGAGGGCCCCGGCGCCUUCUUCAAGGGUGCCCUCACCAACGCCAUCCGUGGCUCUGGUGGUGCCAUCGUCCUCGUCCUCUACGACGAGUUCCAGAAGCUCCUCGGCUUCGAGGGUGGCGCUGGCGGCGAAUAAGCACUACGCCCCUCGGUCCCUUCAACUCUAAUCGGCGUGUCGAUCCCCUCGAGAUGCCGAGUGUUGCUGGAAUUGAAAUUGUUUUGAAAAUGCCCUCUCUUUAUUCCCAUUGUUUUCAGCCAACACUACAUUUUAAUUUGAUUCAUCCUAAUUGCG